AUGGCUCAAAUGCUGGAGAUUCUGCAAUCGUUGGAAAAGAGGAACACAGAUGGGACCCCUUCAGCUGUAAAUGACGAACAAGUAGCUACACCAUCCCACCCACCUGGCUUUCCCCCAAUUCCUAUGCAGCUCCAAAGUUCCAACCCUCAAGGAGUACUAAUGCCACUUACGGUAUACCCAAAUAUUCCCAUACAACCACCAAUCACAAACCCACAAGAAGUCCAUGUACCACUACUCCCUCCAUACGGCCUACCUCCAGGAUUUGUACCACCACAAGCCACUAAUCCUCCAGAUGGUAACACAUCAACUCCUACCCUAAACCCUACUCAACCGCAAGGUCCUCACCCAAAUUCAAUCGAAAAUCCACAAACAGAAACAUUAUUCCCUGUUAGUAGUGCACCGAUGGUUCCACCUAUCUUAAACACACAAAGUGUAUCCCAACCACACUCCAAUCCUGUAUAUGUGGCACCAAAUAACCCUCAUGGAGUUUCUCAUGACACAUCAAAUAACUCUUCAAUUGGAAUUCUUCAAUCUAUGGGGAAAUUGGAAGUUUUGGAAGAAAGGUUGAGAGCUAUAGAAGGGGGAAGUAAUUAUGGCCUUGGAAACACAUCUGAACUUUGUCUGGUUCCUAAUGUUGUUAUUCCCCCAAAAUUUAAAGUACCUGAUUUUGACAAGUAUAAAGGGACCACUUGCCCAAAGAGUCAUCUGACCAUGUAUUGUCGAAAGAUGGCCUCAUAUGCCCAAGAUGAGAAUUUGUUGAUCCAUUUUUUCCAGGAUAGCCUGACGGGGGCAGCUUCGAAUUGGUACACGCACCUUGAGCGAGCACAUAUACGUUGUUGGAAAGAUUUGGCUGAUGCUUUCCUCAAGCAAUACAAGUAUAACAUUGAUAUGGCUCCUGAUAGACUGCAGCUACAGAAUAUGACAAAGAAAGAUGUUGAGUCUUUUAAAGAAUAUGCUCAACGAUGGAGAGAACUAUCUGCACAAGUUGACCCCCCAUUGUCAGAAAAGGAAAUGGUUGCUACGUUCAUCGAUACCCUCCAAUCAUCGUUCUAUGACCGGAUGAUCGGAAGCGUGUCAUCAAAUUUUUCUGACAUUGUCAUAAUAGGAGAAAGGGUAGAAAACGGAAUAAGGAGUGGCAAAAUCACUCCUAAUUCCAUGGAGGCUGUUAAUAUGAAGAAACCUUCAACUGGGAUAGGAAGAAAAAAAGAAGGAGAAACUCAUGCUGUGACUUUCAAUCAGCAAAGGUUUACGCAAGGCAAGCCUAACCCAACAUAUAGUAACCCUCAGCCAAGUUUCCAAACACCUUUCACUAAUUACCCUGAUGUGGCCAAUACUUCACAUACCCCAUAUCCCCAACCUUACCACUCAACAACACCCUACCACUCGCCACCCCCUUCCCAGCCACAAACAUUUCCAACCGUACCAUCACGACCACCUCAAUCAUGGGCUCAAAAUUCAAAUCCAAAUCAAAGAAGAACCCCAAAUAACCAAGAGAGGAAACCAUUUAAAUUUGACCCAAUUCCCAUGUCUUAUACCGAGCUUUUACCACACCUCAUCCAAAGUUCACUUGUUGUUCCAUGUCCCCUGAAACCACUUGAGCCUCCUUACCCUAGAGGAUUUGAUGUGAAUGCUAAAUGUGAUUAUCAUGCUGGAAUUGUGGGCCAUUCUACUGAAAAUUGUAAUGCUUUAAAGUUUAAGGUGCAGAAUUUAAUUGAUGCCAAGUGGUUGAACUUUAAGGAAGAUGCUCCUAAUGUUGGCAAUAACCCUUUGCCUAAUCAUGGAAGUUCUGGGGUCAAUGUUGUUGAAGAGUUUUCAAAUCAGCAUCUUGUGAGAAAAGUGGCAGAUAUCAAAACUCCUCUAAAAACAAUUUUCGAAGAGCUUUGCAAGUAUGGGAUGAUACAAGCCCAAGUUAAAAAAGAGGAAAUCCACGAUGAAAGGAUGAUGUGUGGAAUCCAUCCAAAUAUAGGGCAUUCCAUUGCAGAUUGCGACGAAUUUAAGCAAAUUCUUCAGGAUUUGAUAGACAUGCAAUUUGUGCAAAUUGGCUGCCAACAUGAGGAUAGUGAUGUAAAUAUGGUUAAGGAGCAAGAAGAUCAGGUGGAUGUGGGUACCCAAGUUCCGAUGGUGAUCCCGCCAACUAUUGAGCAUACUACCUCCAUCCAAAAACCACUGGUAGUUCAUUACACAAGAAACUCAUCCAUGCAAACAACAUGCAGCCCAAAGCCAAUUACCAUUCAAGUACCAACCCCUUUUGCCUACAAGGACACCAAAGUUGUGCCAUGGAAGUAUGGUGUGCAGGUUCUUACUAGCAACCCUCAGAAUGAUAUAUUGCCAGCGUCUUCUAGUACAGGCUUUUCUAUUGUCACAAAUGUUUCUGGAAUUGGUGGGAUGACCCGAAGUGGUCGUAUUUAUAACCCCGAAGAGCUUCGAAAUGAUUCAGCCAAGGAAGUAAUGAAAGAAGACAGAAGGAAGAACAAAGAUGGAAGUAUUUAUGGAGAAAAAGAAGUUAGUCCAGAUGAGCGCAAGAAAGCGGUAACUAAUGAAGAAGCCUGUGAGUUUUUGAAGUUCAUAAGACAAAGUGAAUAUAAAGUGGUAGAACAAUUGAAUCACACUCCGGCAAAAAUAUCUCUCCUGUCUUUAUUGUUGAACUCUGAACCGCACAGAAAGGUAUUAAUGAAGGUAUUGAAUGAAGCUCAUGUUGCCCAUGACAUCGCGGUGGACAAGUUGGAUGGAAUUGUCGGUAACAUUGUUGCUGAUAAUUAUGUCAGUUUUACUGAUGAUGAAAUACCUGCGGAUGGAAGGGGGCAUAAUAGAGCAUUGCAUAUUUCUGUGAAAUGUCAAGAUCAUGCUAUGGCUAAAGUACUUAUUGACAACGGAUCCUCUUUGAAUGUAAUGCCACUAUCAACACUAUCAAAGCUGCCUUUCGAUAUGUCAUACAUGAGACCAAGUACUAUGAUAGUGAGAGCUUUCGAUGGUACUAGAAGAGAAGUGAUUGGGGAAAUUGACAUUCCGAUCCAGAUUGGCCCAUGUACUUUUGAAAUCACCUUCCAAGUGAUGGACAUUAUGCCAGCCUAUAGUUGUCUCUUGGGGCGACCUUGGAUUCACUCUGCGGGAGUUGUGCCCUCCACAUUGCACCAAAAGUUGAAGUUCAUAGUAGACAACAAGUUGGUAAUUGUUUCAGGUGAAGAAGAUUUGUUGGUGAGUAAAACAUCAUCAAACCCUUAUAUUGAAGCUGCAGAGGAGGCCCUUGAAACUUCUUUCCAAGCACUUGAGAUUGCUAACACCACCUAUGUAGGGGAAGGAGCACAAGUUAUAAAGCCAACACCAUCUAAUGCAUCAUUAAUGGUGGCUAAACUUAUGCUCGAAGGAGGUUGUUUGUAUGGGCACGGGCUAGGGAAAAAUGGAGAAGGCAUUGCUGAGCCGCUACAACUGUUGGCUGCUAUUGAAAAUGAUCAUCAAGGUAGGGAUCCAAGAACUGAGGGGGUUCCCAUUUGUUAUAUUCAGCAAAGUUUCCGAAGUGCUGGACUGGUGUUUUUGGAUCAAGUGGCUGCUAUUGAAGAUGAUCAUCCUGGCAAUGGCAAUAUUGACUUGGUAUAUCCAUGUUCUUCGGAUACAGAGCUUGGCAAUUGGGAGGUCGUCGAGUUACCCGUGAUCUUAGAUUCAAA